GAAAGAACUCGCGGCAGUACUGUUACUUAUUGUGACAUGUAUGCGCAGAGGACAGAGAUACUGGGACGCGGACGGGCUGGUAGAAUGGCAACCAGCACAUGGCGCCCCUGCGACGCAACAGCCGCAAUUCGGCAACAAUGGUGGGUUUGCUAACGGGAACGGCUUUGGGCGAGGCUACAAUCCAAAUCGUGCGUUCUUCACGAGGGAGUACGCUGACUUACUGGACAAGAUCAAGUUUAAGGAAGUCGUUGAAGAAACAUCGAAGAAACAACAAUUAGGGAUAACAGAGGUGACAGGGCCUCCUAGGAAAGUCAAAGUAAAGAAGGUAGAAGGGGCGAAGAAGGGAAAACAGGCGGUGGAUGAGAAAGAGGAAGCAAUGAAUGACCUCCACAUUCGGAAGCUCUCUCAAUAUCCUAUCAGAGAAGAUAGACUCAGUGGACCGGAAGUCGAAGAUAAAAGAAACGGAGCGAAGGAACUGAAGAGGCUACGAGCAGAGCAGGAACUAAGGGAGAUGAAGGAGAACGCCAACAUGGAAAAAAGAAAGAGAGGAGGAACUAAACCAGGCACAUCUGCAAGAUCUGAGAAGGUGCCCGUGAAGUUGGCUGUCAAGAUCAAGAGUCCCCAACCAAGGAGGAUCUUCGUGGUCUCCGAUGAUGAAGGGGGUGGCACGGCAACCACCCCCUCGGUCUCCUAUGCCACACAGAGUAACCUGAAAGUGAGAUUCGAUCAGGAGGAGGAGAAGAAGGACAACGGGAUGGAGGAGCUUAAGGUGCUACUAAAGGAACUAAUUAUUGUGGUAUCGACGAAGGAGACUGUGAAGGACGAACAGGAAAAGGAAAACUGGAGGAGGUUGAGUCCACACUCAAUGAAGGCAACACCGGGGCUGGAGAAGAUUCCGAAGAAGAACGUGAUGAGCUUGGACUCGCUGCUUACAUGAAGAAUCGGGUGGAGAACUAUGAGUCCAUGCAUUAUACGCACGUUCAAACGAUGUGC